UACAACACAACAUACAACAACGGAGUUGCAUAGUCAGUGGUUGGUAAUGGCGAAGUAGUAAUCAAUAUUGAUUACUGUUGAAGGACAGCAUCAUACGUGUUUUUCUGGUUGGUUAGAUUUCAAUAUCAAAAAACGACUGCUCCUGAUACUCACUCAUUGAGCGGGGAAACCUGACACUUUCCUGGACCCUAAUUGUCAUCAAACAAUCCGCUCAUUCGAAGGUGGAGAAGCCGACAAUAUGUGGUGUCUUUGGAUCACUACCGCCGUCGCAGUGAUUGCCAUUUUGUGGAACAAUUGUACCGCUACCAACUGGACGGCAGGAUGUCACCCCAACAAAGGGACAGCCACGCUAGAAGGUGGUUCACUGUUGGUAUUACGCCCAAAAAAUGAUGAUCACGAUGGAUAUCGAGUUAAACAGUCAAACCUUCUGAAUUAUUCAUUUGAUUUUAAUCGGACGUGCAAUGCUCGCUUUGAGAAGCUGCGGUUACAUUUCACUGGCAGUUGUACGGUUGAAAUGGCUUUUAUCGACAGCAGCAACGUGUUGGUUGUAGGACUGUUUAACUUCGUCAAGGAUAGUGCGGGUUACGACCGGCAGAACGCUACAAUAUCCAGCAUGCAAGCCAACGUCAUUCAAAAUCACUUCCGGAAAUAUGGCCGAGGAGCACUGCUUUUGACCAUAAGUACACCGGGACCAUUUUGCGAUGUGCAUCCAGUUAAAAGCAAAUCGGGAUCGGGCAUCGCUCUCAUUGCGAAAGAACAACUUCAUGUUACAACAGAAGUCACAAGUACGCAACGGACUGAUGGAACACCACUUUCGGAAAAUCAUAGUAAACCUGCUGAAACAUCUUUCCUACAAACAGGAACAGCCACCUCUCGUGUUAUCCGGCCCUCUGCUCAAACAGAGCCAAAUUUCGUUGGAGGCAAAGGAUCACGAACCCAUCAAAACCCAUAUGUUCCUAUUAUCGCCUGUCUUGCAGCACUUCUGGCGGUGCUUUCAACAGUAUUCACUCUGUACGUUAUAUACACGCGGCGAUCUAACACCUCUACCCAAGAAACACGCAGGCUGUUCCAUUCCCUAGCUGCAACGAAUUCUAAUCUGGACCCAGUGGUCACAGGGGAGCAGGAACCACGACGAGUUGAAACUAACAAAAAUGCUAACAAUGAUGCUGCAAAGUCCGGGGACGAAGAGGUGUAUUCGGCCGUUGGUCCAAACAUUUCUGAGGUGUCAAAUCAACGCAAAAACGAUGUUCAUUACUCGCUACCAUUAGAUCAACUACAAACUAGCAACAACGAUGACGAACAUGUGCAGGAGUUAUGUUCUGAGGGAAAGAAGGAGACCACAUCAGGAAACAAGAUCAAGGAUGCUAGUACGAUUCAUGCCUACGAUAAUGCUGUGUUAACCAGAGUGGAAACGAAAAAAGAACAAUGUAAAGGAACUUUGACAUCGCGUGUCUCGUCGGGGCAUAUCGCUAACUCGAAUCAAAUGCAGCCUCCAGCACUAAGCCAAUCUACAAUUCAUCAAAAUGAUAAUCCCAAAGUACGUGAUGGAUUAGUGCAGACUGAACCCUGCGAGUGCACAAUAAGUCUGUCAGCCGUUGUCAGAGAGGACAACGAAGAGUGCCCCCAACCAGCGUCUGACGAUCUUUACGCCGAGAUCAGUCCACAUCACGAGUACACAAGAAAGCUGGCAAAGCCGACUGCGAACUUUAACCGUUUCUCCUUCCACAGGCCAACUGCUCGUGAGCUGCCGAAAUGUCCACCGCCAAGACUGAAAUCCCAGUCUGUUUGUCAUGUCGGAGGACACAAGUCAGCCCCGAAGACCAUCCCUCGUAGUUUUUCAAACUCUGAAGCACCUACGGCUGGUUAUGAUCAGGGAAUUGAAAUGCAAACAGUUUUGCGCAAAUACAGUCCUGUUCACGAUGUUAUAGUCGCCAGCCAACAUGGCAAAAAGGGAAGCACAGACAAAAUCUAUAAGGAUCCUAUAGACGCGAAGCCAGCCGACUCUGCUGAACCGCACAUGGAGAGCACGCAGGAUAAGCGUGCAAAGAGCUCCCGUCAAAGCAGCAUGGUGGAUGAUAUCUAUACGGAUCCUUUCGACUCCCAACAGGGUAACUGCACUGACACCGUUGCGGAGAACGCACAGGAUACCCAUCCAAAGAACGCCCUUCAACGCAGUUCAUGCCGCACUAGUGGUCGACCUAGUGCCAGUGGUGAUGCCCAUGACAUGAGUGAGUACAGUCAUCUACAUGACGUGAUGUUGUCUGCCUCACAUGUGAAUGUGACCGUCCACGAUGACAAUCUGUACAAGGAGCCCUCUGAUGCCAAAUUGGGAAACAGUGAUAAAGAAAAUACGACCGGCAUGCAGAGUAUCCUACGUGAGCAAAUGUGCGGGGUUUCGGCCUCCAAGGAAGCUGAGCACUUGUAUGCUGCCCUUGACAGGAACAGUACACACACCUGAGCAACCUAUUGCCAAACCGUGCAAAGCUGCUAAUCUCGAAAUGUAUCGCACAAAUCCUUUCACAUUACACAAUCCAAGGAUCAUCAUUCAGCAUCCCGCCACGGGAUUUUCUCCCAAAAAUAAGCAAAGACAUAUGAAUUCUGUUUGCCGUUUUCAACCUUUGCAAUAAAUCUCAAUGUUCAAUGACCUGCUACGAUGCAGACAUUGUGGCGUCAGCAUGUUAUCUAGUCCUGUUCACCGUUUCACUUCAAUCCCCUUUAUGAAGCGCACCAAUUGAGAGAAGGCAUUUCAAUUAUUGGCGACGGAAGACAUGCACUGUAAUAAUUAGUAUAACGUGUUCGGCUGGCUAUUCCAGCAGGCUUAAUUUUCUCUUAUCAAGUCCUUUUUCACUGCAUCAACUCCAGCGAGUUUCUAAAUAGGGUGAUGAGGUUCCUGCUUGUGCUGAAUAGCCAGAAAACUGAGCCUCCCACGAAACUUGAAUAAUUGUAAACUUGCCUUUUAACAAAUUUGUACACUCGCACCUUCCUUUUCUUCCUCAGCAGAACACAAAACUUAAUGGGUACACUUUGUGCCCUUACCCGAUACAAUUUUUUUUGAUCACAAUUAGUAGAAUGUAUGAUUAUCAACCUUACUACUUCCACAAAGAGGAACGUAUGUUAGGAUGUCACGAUAAUAUUCAUUAACGCAUAGCAUGUGUAAGAGUAGGAGGCUCAUUCUUUCCAUUGGGGACGGACACAUUGACAUUAUUUUAUGCCCUUUUGCUCAUACAAUGCAAUUCUUUGCUGACACCACGGCAUUUAAUCAUUUUACUAUUUUGCUUGCUUAUUGCGUUCCAAAUUGGAAGUGCCUCUCCCCUUUCCUGACAAACAUCCUAUUCUUUUCUCAAGACACGCACACAUGUACAGUCA